GGCAACUUCCCAGUAAGUGCGGGAUCAGAUGCAGCCACCGCCCCGGAACCAGGCCUUCCCUGUUCUGCCUUCCAGGGGGGGACCCGGGAGCAGCCCUCGGGAGUACAGUCUCGGCAAGUCCCGAAGUCCCUCUGGCCACCCGGCGUCGAACCAGGAGGAGGCUAGGAGGGGGCCGCCCUCCCCGCGAGGCUCCAGAAUCCGGCAUUUCCUCCCGGCUGCCCCGCGCGGCCUUCCCCUCCGAAAGAAGAAAAUUCCGGGGCCCGAGUAACCCGGCCGGUCGCCCCUGUGCGCUGCUGUGGUGGAGCCAGGAGGGCCGCCCAGGGUAGGGUAGGAGUCCGGGGCAGAAGCCAGCCCAGGGCAGCACGGCUGGGACUGAGCGGGACAGGGACAGGGCGCGGUCAGGGGCCGGAGCGAGCUGCACGGGCGGCGCCUGGAAGGGGAACUUGAGCUGAGAGUGGAGGCAGAGCGGCGGGGCUGCUGGCCCCGGCGCUGCGAGCCGGGAGCCUCCUCCAAGGCCAAGGACACGGGGGCCUCAGGGCCGCCGGGCCGCUGCGCGCAUGCUGGGCAGGGGACACCACCCGGGCUCGCGCCCUGGGCCACCCGGGCUCCCGGCAUGUCCGUGCGGUACACGCUCAACCUGCGGGUCUUCUGGCCCUUAGUGACCGGACUGUGCACGGCGCUGGUGUGCCUCUACCAUGCCCUACGCAGCAGCAGCGAGGGAGCUCGGACCGAGCCCCCCGACGGCGCAGACAGCGGCUUCCCGCUGCUCAAGGUGGCCAUCCUUCUUCUCCUCGGCUACAUCCUCCUACGAUGUCGCCACGCCAUUCGCCAGCGCCUCUUGCCAGGCUCUUCCCGUCGGUGUGGCCAUGCCAACUUCUCAGCCAGAUCCUUGCAAGAGCCAGGCCUGAGCAUCUUACUGGAGAGUUACUAUGAGCACGAGGUGCGGCUAUCGCCACAUGUGCUAGGUCACAGCAAGGCGCAUGUGAGCCGGAUCGUGGGUGAACUGGUGCAAGCUGGCCGGGCCCGAGGAUCUCCGGGCCCCAUCACCGGGGGAGCUCUGGCUUUGGCCUUCCGGGGAGACUUCAUCCAAGUGGGCAGCGCCUACGAACAGCAUAAAAUCCGCCGACCCGACAGCUUCGACGUGCUGGUGCCACUGCGACUCCCGCCGCAGGUGGCGCUGGAGCCGCGGAGCCUGGGGACCGAACCCACGCUGACUCCGGCCUUCCGCAGCUGCUUCGUGUGCGCCCUCAAGGCACCGCCCUCGCCAUCCGGGACCACGACGAGUCAGUGGCAUCGCGACUGCAAGCCCUUCGCUGAAGGCUUCUGUGUGGAUGUGCAGGGCCGUCGCCACCUCUCAGCUACCCUGGUGCUGCGCUGGUUCCAGGCGCACCUACAGCGCUCCUUGGCCACCGUGCGCUACAGCUUGGAGGGUCGCUGUCGGGUCAGUUUGACCCCAGGUGGUCUGGAGCAGCCCCCCACCCUUCACAUCCUUCCUUGCCGCACAGACUAUGGCUGCUGCCGCCUUUCCAUGGCCGUGCGCCUCAUCCCCGCUGUCCACCUGGGUGAUGGCGUCUUCCUUGUGGCACCGCCACCACCACCAUCGCCUAGCGGAGCCCUGUCAGAGCUUCCGGGUGGCCUGCGCGCCGAGGCACUGUGGGGUGUGAACACAGCACGUCAGGAGCAGAAACUGCUGGGCUGGCUUCAGGAACGGGCACCUCCAGGUGCCUGCUACCUUAAGUGCCUGCAGCUGCUUAAGGCUCUUCGAGACCUGGGUGCCCGCGGGCUGGACCCGGUGGCUGCCACACACUGGGGACGCAUCCUGUCCUCCUACGUGCUCAAAACGGCGGUGCUGGAGGUGCUUCUGACCGAGGGUGGUCCAACGCCUAGCUGGGAUGAGGCACACCUAAGUGAAUGUUUGGAGAGGUUGGUGAAGUUCCUUAGGGACUGCCUGCUGCGACGCCGAGACCUCUUCCACUGUGUCCUAGGCCCUGCUGGGGCAGCCGCCGAGGUUGGCCCACUGCCCAAGGUGCUGCGCGAGGCUGCUCCUGUUGACCUCCUGGCACCUUUCGAUCCGCACGCCCGGGAGCUUGCAGCAGCGCGGUUGCUGUCCACCUGGCGAAGGUUGCCCCAGCUUCUCCGGGUCUACGGCGGUCCCCGCUACCUUGCCAGGUGUCCUGCACCCCGGAGUCAACGCAUCCAGGGCUUCCCUGAAGAUGAACCAUGAACCCUGAUUACACUCCACCUGACCAAAUGCCCCUUUCCCACGGGAUGAGAGUACGAAUGGCAGCUAAAUUCAAGAUGAGCUGUUCGAGGUGUUGGAAAAUUUGAAGGAUAUCACAGGAUUUGAUGGCACAAAUGUUCUGUCCUAGGCUCCAUGGCUUAAGACAGUAGUUGGCAUCUUCUGCAGAUCUAUUAGAGUAUCCUGGGUCUGCAGGAUAUCUCAAUACACAGAUCUCUCGGUCCCCAACUUAUUAGAACCAAUCAUUUCUGAUAUACUUAUUUGGUAGUUACUAGGUUCUCAAUUGGCUGGUAGUUUUGAAGGGGUUUUGUAUGUAUGUUUCAGUGCUGGGGCUGGAGUCCUGGGUCCCUAUGCUAGGUGGUCCCUCUACCACGAAGCUACAUCCUGGACCCCUAGUUUUGUUAUUUGUUUGUUUGUUUUUGUUUUAAAGAAUCCUUAUCCACAACUGGAAUUGAAAUUCUAGUCCGGCUGUUAGCAUUCCAGAGUCCUAAUUUAGCUAUCUCUAUGAGCAUGCAUGUAUUUUUUUAGUGGUACAAUCACAAGUUUGUUGAAUAAGAUUAAUGGAGUUGUCAUAAAUUAAUCGACCCAUGCUAAGAGGUAGCCAGGAGCUGGUCAGAGACUUUCAGAGCAAGUGGCCCUUUAUGUCCAGUCGUUUUCUUGUUCUGUGUUUUUCAGAACCAAGGGCCUAUUCAAAAGAACUUUUGCACAGUUAUAUGAAAGACCACGGCUCUGAAAAGCAGCCAGCCGCCCUCAGCACUCCUCUGGGUCAUAGGUGGGGAUUUGCACUUGACACUCAGUACCUGUUCAUUUGAGCCAGGCAGAAUGCAGAGGGAAAAGAUCCUUAGUUAAGACAGAUCUGGCAAAAGUGUAGAACACAAGUCUUGGAAAAGAUCCUGCCUAGGGCUCACCAUCAGCUGGAUACCACCCGCUUAGGUUUCAAAGCUUCUGAGCAAAGUCCUGUAGGCUUGUCUCAGAGUGUGAGGACCUUUGAGGAGAAAAUAUUUGGCAUGCUGCCUGGUGUGGGUUAAGGUUCCGUGAUGCCUGAUAUCAGGGGAGUGGAUGCAAGGCUCUUGAUUGCCCGGGCAGCCUCAUAGCGUCUUGAAGGCCAGUUCUUGCUUCUGAUUAUGACUUGCAAAAUAGUAACUUGAGGUGUGUGCUCCUAGACAGUCCCCAGCAGUGGGCAGAAGAGGCGGGAACUGAAGGAGAAAGGAGGGAGCUGGCCGUGCAGUGCUUUGCUGCCGUGGCCUAGGUGCCCCUUGCUGUUGGGAGGAACCCACUCUCCAGUGCCUCCUAUGCUCCCGCCUUCCAGACAACUUCCAAUAGCAGUUCAAGUUUAGAAAGCUUCCUCCCUCCGGAUGGGAAGUGUGGUCAGUCUCAGUAGGAUUUUAUUUUCUAUUAUUAUUAUUAUUUUUUACAACAAAGAUCUGUGCUCCUAUAGAUUUCCUUUAAGUGAAGGUUGGAAGACAAAAGUAGUCACAUGAAUAGGGUCAUUGUUUAAUUUCUUAGCUAUGUGGAGGGAACUCUGCAAACCCCUUUCUCUGGGGCACCCAGUUGGCAAUCAAGGGGGAUAGAUUGUUUGUAGGGACUUCUCAUUUGUCCUUUGCAGCUCUGACUGAAAGAGGAAGGGCUGUCUCAUUGAGUUGUUUUGGGGACCAUUCCUCUUAAUACCCCAGAGGUCAUUCCUAGUUUUUUUGAGGCCAAUAUUUGGUUAAAAGGUACGGCAUUGGGUGAAAGGGUUGGUCUGUCAGCCUCUUUCAAAGAUAGAAACUUCACAGUGAGUUUAAUUACUUUAAAAAACUAAUGCCAAGGGAGGAUUAUACGUGCGUGCGUGUGUGCAUGUGCAUGUCUGUCUGUCUGUAUCUGUGUGUCUGUCUGUGUGUCUGUGUGUAUCUGUCUCUCUGUGUGUAUGUGUGUGUAUAUGUCUGUGUGUGUGUGUGUGUAUGUGUGUGUGUAUGUGUAUGUGUCUGUGUGUACAAUGCACACAUGAUUUCUAUACUCAGCCUGUUGCUGUCUCUAUCAUUAAGUUAGAACAGGGGAGAGGCAAAUUUCCAACUAUUUCUAGCUAAGCUAGAAAUUUCUAGCUAAGGAAUCCUUUUAUUUUUCUUUAAGUCUUGAUAAUAUUUUAAAGUAUAAAUCUGGUUAGGAUCAUAAAUAUGAAUAGCUUAUAUAAAUAUCUUUCUUGUAGGGUUUUUUCCUUUUUUGUGUGUUAAUUACCCAAAGUUUCAUCCAUCCUCAAAUUUUUAAAGUUUAUUAUUAUUAUUAUUGUUAUUAUUAUUAAAUUAAUGGGCAUUGUGUUUGUAAAUUUUUAAAAAAUAUUAAUGUUCUAUUUAAAUGCCAUGCUGAACAGUUGUUCUCAUUAUGUGGCAACAAAAACUUAAGAGAUUUCGAUCAAUUUUGAUCAAUAUUUAGUGAUCUGAAGCAUGUACUGUGUACAGAUGCAAUAAUACGGCUGUUAACUGAGUACAGUGGCUGCCCAAGGCCUUUAAAUUCAGCUCAGUUCUGCAGUUCACUGUGGCUACUGUCAUGGCCUCCAUUUGACAUGUCUACACUUUGGGUGUAUAUUUGGUGCUGGAGAGUCAUCUAUGCCAAUAUUCUCAUCUAAGAUGGCUCUACCAAAAAAUAGUUGUUUAGCCAGUGCCCAAAGAAAACUUUUUUUGAGGAAGAUGACUCAGCUCUUUUGCGUCCAGACACUUUAGUAACUCCCACUGCCUAGCUCAGAGCCUUCCUGGAAUGCUCGUGGGCUGGGAGAAUAUGCAUUUUGAAAAAUGAAGGAAAAGACAGAUUAAGUGGAUGCAAAUAUUCUCUGAGGACUUGGGGGAGGAGGGCGUAAGGUGCAUGUGAAAGGAGGAGAUGGGGGAGACAGGUGAGGGCACCUCAGGGGUGGGAGAGAGUUUUGGGAGAGGAAAUGUGUUUUUAGGUAUGUGUUUUUAGCUAUGUGCUAUUUCCGGUCCGGAGUCACAAACUCAGUAGCUUGAAGGCAGGGAGAUAAAUAAGAGGGGGGGGAGGGUGUGGGGACUGCCCCUACCUUAAAGGAGGCAGCUCACCUCAGCUCUAGGCUGGAAAAGAAAGGGUGGGGCCAAGAAUAGGCAUUUCAAAUUAAAAUACUUAAGCUCACUGGUUUUUAAUUUAAGAAGUAAUUUAAAAUGUCUAAAACCAUCAAGUGAGCAAGAUAAGAUAUUGAACCUGAGGCCGCCAGUUUGUGACCCCUUACCUUACACAGUCAGCCUUCCCCCAGGAAUAUAUAUAUAUAGGCUUAUAUUCUUCGCCAUGGAGAUGGAGAUGACGGUUAUAUAUAUAUAUAAGUGGGGGUGUGUUAGUUCAUUUCUACUUUAUCUGUCAGAGUUAAGCUUUGUAAUAGGAAUAACAGCAGAAAAAAAUUAACACAGCCACAGAAAACAUUUAUCCCCAGUUCCUGGUAGGGCUCCUAUGCAAGCCCGGCUCUCCAGUUAAAAUCCCAGCGAAAACACUUGGGGCAAUUUUUUCUUUCUCUUUUUCUUUUUGGCUGGUGAUUUAAGGUCAACUUCUUAGCCUGGCUGGAGGCUGCAGAUGAGUAAUGAAGAAGAAUUGCAGAAUAACUUCUUUGUAUUUGGUUCUUAUGUGAAAAUUAAUUUUUUUGUCGUUGUUGUUGUCCAUGGUAACCUAGCCUGGGACUUCACAAUGUUGAUUGGAGACAUUAAACACCAGCAAAACCAAAACAAAAUCACCAGCCAGUGUUCCAACUUUGGGCCAAAUUGCAUGGAUUUGUACUAUUCCAACCUCCAAGAACACUGGCAGCCUUUUUAUUCCUUUCUGACUCAGGGUCUCCUUCCAAGGUGAGCACCGGCUGAGCCUCCUCCCGAAGCAUCUCUUGUCGCUUCCUAGAGGAAGUCAUGGUUUCCACAGAACUGUGCUUCCUGCCUUUGACCUUGACAAAGAGGUCUUUCCCCAGGUCUACACAAAGGAAAAUUUUCUCCUGUGGUGGAAAAAAUGAACCUCACCCAAAUUUCUGACAUCCUCAAGAGGGAAACUGGCUCAGUGUUACCCCUGUGGUAUGUGUUAGUUAUUUUCUUUCUUCGCUUGUCUGUAACUUUGACAUACCUAUUUAUUUUUUAUGGCACACAGUGGGGUGGGAGUAAUGCUAGUAUGUAAGUCAAGAGAGGGUGAUAUAUUCCAGAUCAUGUACACAGAAAAAAUAGACUGAGAUCUGCAGCUUCUGGAAGUAUUAGAUAUGCAGGGAUAUUUUAGCACCUUUUGGGGGGAAAACAAAGAUGUCUUGGCUCAGUCAUUUGACUUGAAGCAUUCCAGCUCUGGCUGUUUUAAACGUGCCUUCUGACCCCAAACUGCAUAUUGGGAUACAGUUUGGGGGUCACAGUUACAGCCUAAGUUUGUUCCAAGAAAAGAGACCAAAGAGUUAAUCAGACCUAGUUGGCUGCUAUAGUAACUGUGUGAUUAAGGAUGUCUUCAUCACACAAUUUCCAUGGCCCCAGUGGUCAAGGCCUGUCUGUCACUCAUCUUCAUUCGAAGUGGAGUGUAUUUGCACUUUCGAUCCUGUUGGUCACUCGGGGACCUUGUUCUUUCCAAUUUCGCUAUAUCAAUAAAGGAACUUGUGGGAA